AUGAACGACUUUGAAGACGACCAGAAACAUAAGGCAAGAACCGAGCCCUCGGGCCAGCCGCCCAAGAAACGGUCAAGAGUCACAUUUUCGUGUCUUAUUUGCCGUAAACGAAAGAUGAAGUGCGACCGCAAUCUGCCGUGCUCCACCUGCAAGGCCGCCAACGCCGCCCAUCUCUGUCGCUAUGACAUGAACCGCAGCGCGUCGCCCCAGGACAGAGACAUGCCCAUCCCCAGCGACGAGUCCAUGGUGGCACCAACGAGCGCUCCUGGAGGAGGAAGCGCGGCCAACUCGGGCUCCAAGAAGCCCCGUGGCCGGCCCAAGAAGUCUGUCGCCGAGCUCACCAAGAUGCACCAGCAACUGCUGGAACAGAACGAGCUCAAGGGCGAGACCAAAGAGCUGAAGGACGUGGUCAAGCAGGAGUUCCAGUCUCUUCCUCCCCAGCAACAGCAACACAUCCCCCAACAGCAGCAGCAGCAGCAGCACCAACAGCAACAAACCAUGCGACAUGUCCCCCAGCAACAGCAACAGCACAUGCCCCAGCAAGCACAUCAACAACAGCAGUUCCACGCGCUCAACCAACAUCAACACCAGCACCUGCAACAGCAGCACCACGCUCAGCAGCAUCACAAGCCCAACGGCCUAACCAUCAAUACAAACGACCCUGCUACGCCCGUCAACCAAGCGGUGCGAAAAUCGUCCGCAGCCUCAGCCACUCCGGGCAGAACGCCCCCCAACGAAAACUCGCCUCGACGUGGAUCGGCCAAGAAACACCUGCCGCCGAUCGGAGAUACGCCCUCACCGUCCAUGUCGUCGCCGUCCUCCGCAUUCAAAUCGUCGGCUGACAUGCUGCACCAGGUGGUCACCCGGACCGCCACAGACACCAAAUAUAUUGGCAUUUCGUCGAAAUUCUCGCUGUGCAUGAAGCCCGCGCGCCAGCAGUUGUUUGGACCCUUCUCGUCCAUGUCCUUCUUUUCGGAAAACGAGCACCUGCAGCGGUUCUCCAAACAGGUGUACGAGGCCAAGAAACAAAACUACAUCAAGGACAAGAACGCACCUGUGCUUAUGCGCCACAAAAACAUAUUUACCGACUUGCCGCAAAAGUACCGGGUCGGCCGAGGCUCGUUUGUAGGGGCUGGCAGCCAUUACGGAGGCACCAGUGCGCCGGGAAGCACAAACAGCCACGCCAAUGGCGGCGGUGCUUUCAAUGCGGCUGCGUCGCCCAUGGACAAGACUCCGGCCUCCACCUCGUCAUCUUGCUCGACCAUGGACUGUGGAGACAUUUCCAAGUCUUUCCCAUUUGACUCGCCGAACGGUAUCUACGAGGUACUGGAGCUAGUCCCUCCCAAGCCCCUGACGUACUUUCUGGUCGACAAGUAUAUGAACUCGGUCAACCGGUUCUUCUACACGGUCAUUCCCAAAUCCUUCUACGAGUGUCUCGACGAGUUUUUCAUCCAGAAGCAGCGCAUUCUGAACCGAGAGAUCCCCGCCACUGUCAAGACUGUCGAUCUGCGACAGGUGGCCCAGAUUUUGCUGAUUCUGCGUCUGGCUCGAAUUACGCUCCCUUUUGACUGGGUGGUUCCCGAGUACCUGGUAGGUGGCAACUCUAACAGCACAACUGGCGGUUCAAACAAUGACGGCUCCUCCGCCUCGUCUCCUCCUGCCUCGGCAGACACCUCGGACGUGUACCUUGGAGCCGGGCUUUCUCAGAUUGCCGAAAACUGCCUCAACCACAUCGGCUAUCUGCGAAAGGCCAACCUGCGGGUACUCCAGGUGCUAUGUUUGCUCAAAAUCACGGCCAUGUGCGAUCCCGACGCCGGCGACUCGGCCGACGGCUGCGACUCGUGCAACCUCACCGGUCUGAUCAUCCAGAUCUCAAUCUCUAUGGGGCUGCAUAUGGACCCCAGCCACUUCUCCAAGGUGUCCCCAACCAUUGCUCAUCUGUGGAGAAUGCUGUUUGGUUUCAUUGUCACUCUGGACGCCCAUCGAUCCAUGGAGCUGGCUCUGCCUCCCUCUCUGCCUCUGGAGUGUUCGGAUACCGACAUUCUGUUCGAGCGACACUCUCUGCCCGAUGACCUGCUGUCACCCGGCGAGGAGCAGCACAUUUACCAUCGACGAAAGCAGCUGCGAUGGGCCUUCAUUUCUCUAGAUGUGGUUCGGGGACUGCUGCGAACAACAGUGCAUGUUACUCCCGAUGGAAUGGGCACCUCUCCACAGGCCAUGGGCAAGGAGUACUUCGAUGCCAUUGAGCGCAAGCUGGAAGCAUUUGAGAACGACAUGAACCCUUACUACGAGGAGAUCCUGUCGGCUCUACAGGCACCCGAGUCCCGAGACAGCGACUACCGCACCGUGGACGGCCAUGCUGCCGCCCAGCGGCUGUCUCUGUACAUGACACUAGUGCGUCUCCGUCUUGGCUACUACCUGUGUGCCGGCAACUUUAUGGACGCCGCCGAGGUCAAGACCAAGGUGGUUACGUGUGCUCUUAAGAUGUGCGAUAUCAUGCAGGCUGCUAUGGAGCGACCUCAUCUCUUCUCUGGGUUCAUGUGGUAUGUGCAUUUCGUCAACCUGCGAAACUUCACCUUCUCGUUUGGUACUUGCAUUUCUGCAUACCUGAACGAGAUCAACACUCGACGAGCCGAGCGCGACAUGCCCAUCAUUACUCCUGCCGUCAACCGAAAGUACAAUGACAUGACGUUUGACUAUUCGCCCGACAAGAUCCGAGAUCCCAAGCGGUUGAUUCAGGCUGCCAUCAGAACUCACCGAUGGGUCCGAUCUCUUUCGCAGCGGUACUAUGUUGCCUGGAAGUGUCAUGCCGUCAUUGUCGGUCUUCUUCGAGGUGCUCGUCUGGAGGUUCUCGCCCAGUACAUUGACGCUCAAGAGUACAAGCGGCUGGAGAAGGAGGGCCACCGGGACAACACGUUUGUGGGUCCUUACGCGCCUCAAAUGCGAGAGCCCACAACCAUGUCGGUUACCAAAAACGACUGGGGUCGAGACAUCACGUCGGAGAACUACGACCGAGAGCAGAGCGAACUUCGAGCUGCCGAGGAGCGUGCCAACCGCCAAGGUCAAGGCCCGGAGUCUAUGUCUGCUCCUGCAGCGCAGUCUCAGGACCAGAUUGGCCAGGGCAACCAGCAGCAGCAGAUGGAGUGGCAGGGUGACAACAACAUGUUUCAGAACAACGGUCUGAUGGAGCCUCCCUUUCUAGAGGACCCGAUCAUUGACGACCCCACCUUUGAUACCCUGGGCUCGACUCUGGGGCUUCCGUCGCUUAUUGCCGAAGAGUGGGCCAACAUUGAGGACUCGCUCUUUGAUGAUCUUAACUCGUCGCGGUUCUACAUGUCCAUGGACCAGAAUUUUAACAACACCUCCACCGCCACUGACAACUAUGAGGUAACUUCGCCCUCCAGAUAG